CAGUGCCUCGCGAGCUGCGGAGCGAGCGACAUCGGCUCGCGCGAUGUGCCUUUUCUCGAUCCGCCUUGUGACGAUUUCGAUAACGAGGAUUUUCCAUAACGCGGUUUCCUCGAAACUGUAAUGCACAGUGCUAAUCAUAUUCAUAAAAUUUACACACCAUUUGCACACCACAGAUUGUCAGAUAAUCCUGAAUGUGAUACCUCCGAACUGAGUUAAUGAACCUUCGCUAUAAGUUCUAAAGAAAAUUAUAACCUGAUAACAGCGGGUUAUAAUGAUAAAUUUUAUAAUGUAAAAUUUGGAAAUAUGAUAAAAUUAGUACGCCACGUUUGAAUGCUGUUAGAAAGGUGUCAGGAAAUUAUUCUACCUUCUAUUAACAGUAUUUGAAGGAAGUGAAUUUUGAUAAAGCUUGUAGUCAAUCGGGGAUUUGAUACCUCAGAAGUUUGUUAUAAUGCUCUAAAUGAAAUAAAAAUAAUACCAUUCGAGUAUCUUUAAAGGGAAAUCCCGAAGAGGGCAGGACAUGGAAACGCAGAACUCACGUUCGGUUUCGAUCGAUCGUCUUGCAGAUCGAUACAAAACUACUCCUUUUCGUUUCUGAGGGAUAUAAACCCCGUCACGCCAUUGGAAAAACAUGGAUCACAGUGUUCAAUCAUGCCGAGAGUUAACGAUCCUGAAACCAUGCCGGCUAUAAGGCAUUCCUCACAUGUUAAACAAUCGUUACACCGAAUCUAGGGCCAUCCGCCAUCUUUGCGAUUUCUGGGAUUUCUGCGAUCCCCCAGUGAGGAAAAAAAUUACAUUGAAACAAAGAAACUUCAUUGUUACUUCACCGCUCGGUGACUUUUCUACACGCAGUGAUUAAAUUUUUUUUUUAUAAAUAAACCUUCGUCGUUAGAAGAACCAGUGGACAUUAAUAAAUAAUUUAACAGUGUACUUCGCUGCUCGGUGACUUUUGUUACAUACUAUAAUUGGAGUUUAUUAAUAAAUCUUCAAUUGGUACCGGUCGUAAAAUUGCUGGGCCUUCUUACGUGUUAAACAAUAAUUACAGCUGACGUAGGCUCGCGAGUUAUGUGCGGCUUGUCUACUUUUAGUCCGUCACCAUCGGGUGACAUCAAUACGGCCUUCUGGCGUACAUCGUGCCGUAAUAGCAGAAGAUGGUUUUUCGCACUUCGAGUCAAAAGACAAGCUCGAGAGGUGCAGUCCAGUCGGAGACGAGAACUCGUAUUUAUAGCUGUAACUUCUACCGAGACAAGUGUCAACGAGAGCGAGGAAGGCAAGAAAAUGAAAUUCGGAGACUUUUGACCGAAAAGGAGAAGAGACAAUGCAAAGAAGAAGAACCUGAAGAUGUGUGUCGUGCGUGUAUCGACAUCGAUGUCAAUGGAUCCUUCAAGACCAUGCAAAGAGACUUUCGGAAUGGAGAGAAUUCAUGCCAGAAGACGCUUUUUGCAGUAAUUCAAAAGGAGGAUUAAACCGAAAUUAAAGCCAAGUGUUGUUCACCCCUUUCGACCCCCCAGUCGAUCUUGACAAAAACGAGAUAUCAAAGAGACCGCCGUAUAAAUUUUAUCCAGCCAUCGCUCCGCCAUAGAUUAGUCAUUAAAAAAUGUCUAUUUAAUAUAUUCGACAUUGUUAAUCGCACAUAAUGGGUUCCGGGGCACUCUUCGAGGGGCCUGGAACUAUUUUCGUAAUGCCGGGUUUUAGCAGAGGAGGGAAGCUUUUGGAAUUUCGACCGAUGGCGGAAGUUGGCCAUCCAAGAGCACAUUCGGAAGACGGAGAGACCGAGAAAGAGGGAGAUUAUCUCUUGGAGAGAAUUUCGAGAGGGCAGCUUGACGUUCCAAGGAAAUUCUGGGACGGGAGUGAACGUAAAUCGCGCAAUUCGGUAUGUUGACUUUGGAGAGAUAGCCAGGAAUGAAACGCCUCUGAUUUUCGGGGCUGCUCCUAACUCUUAGAGGGAGGCAUCAACCUGUCGCGAGAUUUCCUCCAAUCGGAGCUUAUCAUCGAAAUAAAAUCGUAUGCAGAUGCUCUGGAUACGUGGCGAGGAAUUAAACGGCUCAACUUGUCCGAGCAUUUUUCAACCCUUUAGCCAACAACGGCAGAUUGCCUCGAAACUGAUCCUCGAAAUGUAACCAGACACUUCGGAGAAACAACGACACAACUAAACGCCUGAAUUAGUUUAACGCAAUCCUUCGAAGGAGUCUAGAAUUUGUCGGGAAAUAAUUUUCCCCCGAUCGAAACUGCUCCUCGGAAUAAAAUCAGACGCUGGUAUUCCGAAAAAAAAAAGAAAGAAAACAUCAGAAGAGUUUCUUCAACCGAAGCUCUUCAUCGAAGAAAAAAUAUGGAGAAGUAGCAGGGAAUUGAACUCCUCAGUUUUUAACCCAGCUUUCAACCCUUUGAAGGAGCCAACAACCUGUCAUAGAUUUUUUCCCAGUCUCGACUAAGUCCGUCGUGGAAAUAAAACCUGACGCAGAAGGGAACCCGGAGAGAUAUUCAUCCGGGGAUCGGAUUUCGAGAUCGUCGUUUGACAUCCCAAGAUUCAGGGAUAGAGAAGAUCGAUGAGAGUCGACAAUACAUCGGAGCUAAGCCGCUUUUAGUUUCCUCGAGGAGUCGAAAAUAGAGAGCAUCUCUCACAGCUCUUGCACCUGACUCGAUGAGAGGAAGACCGGGAAGAAUUCCCCAGGGUGUCUUUCCCUAUGCUGGAUUUUUCACCAGCCCCAGGAAGAUCUUCGAGUCGGAACGUUCCCUUCUCUCUUCAACUCAUAGAUGGUGGGAAUUUCUGAAGUCGUAUUUCAAGAAGCCUAACUUUUUACCUCGGAUUUUGUCACCACCAUCAGAAAGAUGAAGAGCUGAUCUUCGAGUCGGAACGUUCCCUUCUCUGUUCAUCCCUUAGUGGGAAUCUCGGAAGUCGUGCUUUAAAGAGAAGACCUAGUCGUGAAGAAGACUUCGGCGUCCAUCUGGGUCCAGACAGGAAGCCAGGAUCGAUGAUCGAUGAUCGAUGACAAAGAAAUGCAGCUGCUGAUCUCAAAGAAUGCAUCUGGGUUUGGUUCAGCCUCGAAGAUAGGCAGCUCUAUGCGAUGCAACGAAGGGGUUCAGCUACUAAAAAGCUCAAAGAUAGAUAACUCGAUGCAAGGUAACAAGUACAGGUGCUUAGAAGACGCUCUUGAACAAAGGAUGCAUCCUGGUUUGUCUCGCAUUCGAAGAUAGAGUGCUCCUCAUGGAGGGAUCAGCUGUUCCUCAUCUUGAACAGGCGGCUUCGGCCGCCUGCUCGAUGGCGACGAAUUUCCUGGCCCCCGUAAAGACCGAGAGGCAGAUCUACGAGAACUCCAUGUUGGAGGACGACCCUAAUGCCAAUUCCGUGGUGACGACCUCCCCGGAAGAUAGGACCGUCCCCAGGUGGGGUCCUAACCACAAGGGGGCCCAGGAGCUGGCCAACCUCUACAGCACAGGAAAGCGGACGCAAGAAUGCAUCUGCGUCGGUAUCUGCAUUACGCUUAUGGCGGUGAACUUCGUGUUAAUUAUUAUUCGGGUAAGGUUAGAAAACAUGAAUUCGAUAGCAAUAGCUGCAUUAUGCGGUAUCGUCACCGCUGACUUUGGCUCUGGUUUGGUGCAUUGGGCAGCCGACACCUGGGGAUCCGUCGAAAUGCCAGUUCUUGGGAAGAAUUUCCUGAGGCCAUUUCGAGAACACCACAUAGAUCCAACGAGCAUAACGAGGCACGACUUCAUAGAGACUAAUGGCGACAAUUUUAUGGUGACCAUACCUUUCCUCUGCAAGCUCACCUGGGACUUUUUGAUCCUGCCAGAGCCGGAGGUCCAACAGAAAUUUCUUUGGACUUGUUAUUGGUUCCUACUCGCCAUUUUCGUCGCAAUGACCAAUCAAAUCCACAAGUGGUCCCACACGUAUUUCGGCCUCCCCGGAUGGGUGGUGUGGCUACAAGAGCACCGAGUCAUUUUGCCAAGGAGACACCACAGGGUCCACCACGUGGCGCCUCACGAGACCUACUUUUGCAUAACGACAGGCUGGCUGAACUGGCCGCUAGAAAAGUUGUGCUUCUGGUCAAUUUUAGAGACAAUGAUCGAGAAGCUCACAGGCUGCAAGCCCAGGGCGGACGACAUGAAAUGGGCCCAGAAACGAUCUUGA